GUUUCUUCCGUCGGCGAUCGUGUCUAAAAAUUGACACGACAAAAAUAGACGUGGUCAUCACCGACACAGCCACUGCUUGUUCCUCAAAUACCUCCACGACAACCUGUGCUGGCACACCGACCCCACUUCACCAAGCCAUGAACUCACCAAAAAAUUCUCCUGGCGCGUACCCUAUCCGUCGUCGCCGCCUCGUCAUCUUCCUCGCCAUCCUGACCGUCUUCGUCCUCUACUUCCGUUCAUCUCUGUCCUUACCCGAGUCCCUCAAGGACGUGGGUGAUUCCGUCCUUUCGCGAGCAUCGGUCGCCAAGCUGGCCUUGACAAAACAACGUAAACGUCCAGUGGACGAGAUAUACGGGCUGAUACAUCUGGUGACGGGCGACGCCGAGCAUGAGCAUAUCCUCAGUCACAGCAUGACGAUGCUCGACCCGACGAAGCCGCUUGAUAUGCGUAUCUAUGCUGCAGAUGAGGGUGAUGACGUCGAUUGGGAAGCGGAAAGGAAGGCGUUGGAUAAACAGUUCCCGGUGGUCGUGUUCAGUAAGAGCUACUGCCAAUUCUCAAAGCGAGCCAAGACGCUAUUAGAGUCGUACGACCUUGAUCCACCCAUGAAGGUCAUCGAGGUUGAUUUGAGAGACGACUCGAUCCAAUUGAAAUCGCUUCUCACGCGUCUGACAUCUCAUAGUACGUUCCCCAACGUUAUUGUCCGAGGGAAUUCUAUCGGAGGUAGUGAUGAUUUGGCAAAGCUGCAUGCCGAGGGUAAAUUGAAGGGCAUACUCGAGGGUGCCGGAGUAAAAGUGAGGGGGUAA